AUGUAUCAACCAAAUAUGUCUAGCGAACGUCGACUCUCAGAUUUACGAAAUUUAGUCAGCGGUCUUUAUACCUUAGGAGCAACAAUUGGUACAGGCCAUUUUGCUGUUGUAAAACUUGCUCGUCAUGUUUUUACACAGAAAGAAGUUGCAGUUAAAGUUAUUGAUAAAACAAAACUUGAUGAUAUAUCAAAAGCUCAUUUAUUUCAAGAAGUUAUGUGCAUGAAAUUAGUUCAACAUCCCAAUGUUGUCCGUCUAUAUGAAGUUAUUGAUACACCAAAUAAACUUUAUCUUAUAUUAGAAUUCGGUGAUGGCGGUGAUAUGUAUGAUUAUAUUAUGAGACAUGCGAAUGGUCUUAAUGAAUCUACAGCUCGACGAUAUUUUCGACAGAUAUGCCGAGCACUUAAAUAUUGCCAUGAAAUGCAUGUGUGCCAUCGUGAUCUUAAACCGGAAAAUUUGGUCUUUUUUGAAAAACAAGGCAUUGUUAAACUAACCGAUUUUGGGUUUUCCAAUCAAUUUUCACCUGGUAAAAAAUUACUCACUAGCUGUGGAUCUCUGGCUUAUUCAGCACCAGAAAUUCUACUUGGUGACCCAUAUGAUGCCCCAGCCGUUGAUAUAUGGAGUUUAGGUGUCAUAUUAUUUAUGCUUGUUACUGGGCGAGCACCAUUCCAAGAAGCAAAUGAUUCCGAAACAGUAAUGAUGAUUUUAGAUUGUUGUUAUAAACUUCCACCGAAUAUUUCAUCCGAAUGCCAAAAUUUAAUUCAUCAUAUGAUUGUACGUGAACCAGAAAAACGUUCAACAUUAGAUGAAGUUAUGUCUGAUAUAUGGUAUCGCCAAUGUGAUGACGAUAAUGAGGAUGUAGAGGAUCAACAUUAUGUUGAUUCGUUACCAUUAAUUUCACAUAAAACCAUAUCACUCGAUGAUCAUGAGUCAAUUCUUCAGCAAAUGACCGAUGGAAAUAUAGCUGAACGUGAUGCAAUCCUACAAGCUUUGAAUGAAGAUCAAUAUAAUCAUAUAACAGCAACAUAUUAUCUUCUUGCUGAAAAAAUUUUAAACGAUCGUUUAUACGAAAAACUCAAUGAUAAUGAACGUAAUGUAAAACGACAACGACGUUUACAACCAGCUACUGAUCCAUUUACGGAACAAAUCGGAGUUUUUAUGUCCGCAUCAUCGUCAUCAAACUCGGGGAAAGAAAACAUACCGCCAGUAUUAACCACAUCAAGACAUUCAAUUGAUUCUUCAAGUGAACAAACUUUGCCAGCUUUACUUGAAGAUGAAGAAGAACGACCAUCAUUACAACAACGCUCAACAAAUACCAAUACACCAACACAAACUCAAGCUAUGAGAAUUAUCCUUGAAGAAGAUGAAAAUUCUGAGUCAUCCCCACCUAUUGAUCAAACUGCUGCUGCAAUUCAACAAUCAGGGAAUCUACCAAAACUCAAUAAAAUUGUAGAAAGUGAAGAAGAAGAAGACGAUGAUGAUGAUGAUAUUGAAGAUGAUGAUAAUCCUUCAACACCAAAUACAACUAUAUUUAUUAGUCAUAGCGGUACAGCCACUGUAGAUAGUUCAACAACAACAAGUGGUGUACUUCGCUCAAAAGAUUUACGUUCUGUUGUCGAAACUAAACGUCGGAAUUUUUCACGUAGUCGUUCAAAUUCAGAUAGUGAAGAAAAUACUAAUGAUAUGAAUCGUUCAACCAAUCGAAAACAACAAACACGCUCACCAACACGACCUAAUUCAUUUCAAGAAGCUAUUGAGAUCGGAUAUGGAGAUGGAACGAGUCAACAACAGCAGCAACAACAAAUGGUUUCAAAUAGUACUAGUGAUAAUGCUAAACGUCGAAGUUUUUCUCGUGCUAGUUCAAUAGCAUCAAAUAAUCGUUUAAUAUUAAAUGGUACAAACGAAGAACUAACCAAUGAAACAUCAACUGCCACUAGUUUAAAUUUAAUGAAUGAUCGUGCACGUAGUUUAUCAACUGAACAUCGUCUUGCUAAUCCAUCACAAAUGUCUAUAGCAUCUCGAACGUCUAUACGUUAUUCAACACCACGCGAAUCAACUGUAUUUACUAAGACGGAUGCACCACCAGUUGUACGUUUAUUACAACAAACUCCACAUCAUGAUACAACAGAUGCAAUUAAAACAAUAAUUGAACAUCAACGUUUACAACAAACACCAUCUCAUCAGGAACAUAUUCAAACGCCUAUUAUUGUCGAAGAAGAUAUUUCACCACCAUUAUUAUCCUCAUCAAAUGUAUAUAUAAAAACGCCUCUUGGAAAAAAAUCUAGCAAUGGCUUAACAAAAUCAAAUGUUAUUGUACCAACAACAGAUAAUAUUAAUCAAACGAAUGGUCAUAUUAAUCCAGUUUCAUCCCCUACGUCCUCUCAACAUUCAGUAUUAUCAACACUUAAACAUUCAUUACUUAAACAUCAACAACAUCAACAACAAAAAACAAAUAUGGAUAGUACAAUCGAUAGUGAAAGUACACGAAAACAACAACCACAUGCAUCAGACAAAAAUCGAAACAAAGUUAUGGCUCAACAAGCACCCGAAUUCAAACUUGUAUUAGUAGGUGACGGUGGUGUCGGAAAAACAACAUUCGUUAAACGACAUUUAACAGGUGAAUUCGAAAAAAAAUAUAAUGCUACAGUCGGUGUCGAAGUCCAUCCACUUCAGUUUCAAACAAAUCGUGGUUUAAUUAUUUAUAAUGUUUGGGACACCGCUGGUCAAGAAAAGUUUGGUGGUCUCCGAGAUGGUUAUUAUAUUGGCGGUCAAUGUGCUAUCAUUAUGUUUGAUGUAACGUCACGUAUCACAUACAAAAAUGUACCAAAUUGGCAUAAGGAUUUAAUUCGUGUCUGUGAGAAUAUUCCAAUUGUACUCUGUGGUAAUAAAGUUGACGUUAAAGAUCGUAAAGUCAAGGCUAAAGCUAUUACAUUUCAUCGCAAAAAUAAUAUGCAAUAUUAUGAUAUUAGUGCACGAUCAAAUUAUAAUUUCGAAAAACCAUUUCUUUGGUUAGCACGUAAAUUAGCUGGUGAUCCAAACCUCGAAUUUACUGCUAUGCCUGCUCUUAUGCCAGCUGAAGUUCAAAUGGAUAAUGAAACAAUAAAAAAAUAUGAAGCCGAAAUUGUAGAUGCUCAAAAUGCAGCAUUACCCGACGAUGAUGAUGACUUGUGA